AUGGACAACUAGACAAUAAUCGAUCCUUCUCUGUUGUGAGCAUUGAGAGAGAGAGAGAGAGAGAGAGAGAGCAGCCCGACCCGAUCAGAAAUACAAACCCUCUCUCUUUUCUAUCAACUGGGUUUAGGGUUUCCGUGAAAGGAGUCUGAUUGAUCUCUAUCGAAUCAAUCAUCUAAGUAAAUAUGUCUCAAAGUGGAAAAUUAAUGCCUAAUCUUGACCAAAAUAGUACAAAGAUCCUUAAUCUUACUGUUCUUCAGCGGAUGGAUCCUUACAUCGAGGAGAUCUUGAUCACUGCCGCUCACGUCACCUUCUAUGAGUUCAAUGUCGACCUCAAUCAAUGGAGUCGCAAGGAUGUUGAAGGGUCUCUCUUUGUCGUUAAGAGGAACUCCCAGCCAAGGUUCCAGUUUAUAGUAAUGAAUCGGCGAAAUACAGAAAACCUUGUGGAGAAUCUCCUAGGAGAUUUUGAGUUUGAACUUCAAGUUCCAUAUCUUCUGUACCGGAAUGCAGUUCAAGAAGUCAAUGGUAUUUGGUUCUACAAUUCGCGUGAGUGUGAGGAUGUUGCAAACCUGUUUACUAGGAUACUUGGUGCAUAUUCAAAGGUCCCCCCCAAGCAGAAAGUGAACAAAAGCGAGUUCGAGGAACUUGAAGCGGUACCUACCUCUUCUGUAAUUGAAGGACCAUUGGAACCAGGAUUGACUACCUCCCGCUCUACAGAUGUACCCGAGGAUUCUUCAUUUGUCAACUUCUUUAGUACUGCUAUGAAUUUGGGACAUAAUGCUCCCAAUCCGGGUAAUUCCGUUCAGCCUUACCAUAAUUCAUCAACAGUUCCUUUAGCUCCUCGUGAUGCUCCUUCUCCAGUGGUUAACGGUUCACCAUUGCAGAUCCCUUCAUCCAUCCCUGCCAUGCCUCCUCACCAUGACAAUCCCGACCCUGUUAACAACAGCAAUCAUGUAACCAAUCUUAUUAAGCCUCUUUCUUUCUUUACACCCUCUUCUGCAUCAUCUCCAUUGAUGCGGCAGCCUUCUUCAUCUGUGCCGGUUCCUACCCUUCAGCCCCCUCUGAAUGUACAACGAAACGUUGGCAUUCCGUUGCUUCAACCAUUCCCGCCACCCUCACCUCCACCAUCACUGACUCCUACCUCCACUUCUGCUCCAUAUUAUGGACCGUUGAGCAGAGAAAAAGUUCGUGAUGCACUUGUAAUGCUUUCACAGGAUAAUCAAUUCAUCGACAUGUUCUACCAAGCUUUACUGAAAGUACAUCAAUCGUAACAUGGUUGAAGAAAGUUUCGUCUGUAGAUCGAGUCUGGAAGUGAUUGUAAGAUUACUUUGCAUAUAGUCAGAAUCGGCUUAUCACCCAAAUCAUCAGAUGCGUGGCCCGUUCAUGUCGUGAAAUUUUAUUUCCGCCAAAAUAGUUCGAUAUCGUCUUAGAAAAGUUUGAUAUUGUAAGAUUUCAAGACUUUUUACUUUGUUUGGUACAUUUUAGGCUUAUUAUGGUUGUAUUGUUGGGAUUUCCAAUUAUAUCCAAGAAAAUGGUUGUUUCUUUUCGCU